ACCCCGCGCUUGAGUUUCUCCCUGGUUGGAUGCUUUCAUGGGCAAUGAGAAGAGAGACCAUUCCUGGCUUCCUUAGAGGGCCUUGUUCUUGGCUGCUCAAGUCCUGAUUCCCGCCCUCCCUUCUUGUUUUAGGAAUGUUGUGCAGAGAAGCCUCAGAAAAGGGUAUGGGCUUAUUUUGCCAAAGAAAGCACAGCAGUUGCACCCUGUUUUGCAAAAACCAUCAGUGUUUGGAAAUGAUUCUGAUGAUGAGGAGGAGACCUCCGUGAGUGAAAGCCUUCAGAGGGAAGCUGCUAAGAAACAAGCAAUGAAACAGACCAAACUAGAAAUCCAGAAGGCCCUUGCAGAAGAUUCCACUGUAUAUGAAUAUGACAGUAUUUAUGAUGAAAUGCAGAAGAAAAAGGAAGAAAAUAAUCCCAAAUUGCUUUUGGGAAAAGACCGGAAGCCCAAAUAUAUUCACAACUUACUAAAAGCAGUUGAGAUCAGAAAAAAGGAACAGGAAAAGAGAAUGGAAAAGAAAAUACAGAGAGAACGAGAAAUGGAGAAGGGAGAGUUUGAUGAUAAGGAGGCAUUUGUGACAUCUGCCUAUAAGAAAAAACUUCAAGAGAGAGCUGAAGAGGAAGAAAGAGAAAAAAGGGCUGCUGCACUUGAAGCACGUUUGGAUGUAACCAAGCAGAAAGAUCUCAGUGGAUUUUAUAGACACUUGUUAAAUCAAGCAGUUGGUGAAGAGGAAGUACCUACAUGCAGCUUUCGUGAAGCCAGAUCUGGGAUAAAGGAAGAGAAAUCAAGAGGUUAUUCGGAUGAAGUAAGUUCAGACCACAGAAUACCACCUGAGAAAAGCAAUGUCCAAACUGUUGGGCAAGCAGAGGAAAACCCAGAUGCAGACAGUGACUUUGAUGCUAAUAGGGAGAAUGAUGAAAUGGAAGAAAAUAAUAAAGUGAACUGCAGGAGGAAAAAGGUCACAGAGACCUCUGAGGGUGACUCCAAGCAUCAGAGAAAUCAAACACACUCACGGUCUUCUAGUGAAGAAAGAGAGCAUGGUACCAAAUGCCACACAAAAAGGUCCAAGUCAAGAGUUCAUGAGAAAAGGGAAGAUCAGCACCAAGAGAGACAGUCCAGGGAUCAUGAAAACUAUUACAUUGACCAUGAUUACCGAAAAGAAAAGAAGGAUUCUCACAGGCACAGAGAGGCCAGUCAUAGAGAUUCUCACUGGAAGAGGCAUGAAUAUGAAGAGAAACUGAGGGGAAGAGACCAAAGAGAAAGAAAUGACAGAGAUUGGAAAAGGGAGAAAGACAGGGAGAAAUACUCCCCAAGAGAACAAGACCGAGAUAGACAACGAAAUGAUCACAACCGACACAGUGAGAGAGGAGGAGAGAAGGAGGAGAAAAGCAAAGAAAAGGAAGAGCAUAUGAAACCUAGGAAAGAAAGAUACGAAAGCAGCGAUAGGUACAGAGAUAGAGAACAACGGGAAGUGAGUGUUCAACCUUCUGAAAGAAGCCGAGACAAAAAAGAAAGCAGCCCAAAUUCUAGGGCAAAGGAUAGGUUUCUUGACCGGGAAGGAUCCAGUAAAAUGAGAAAUAUGGAAAAGGGCAAAGAAAGAAACCCAGAGAAACUCUCCAGUUCUGAAACAUCCCUAGGAGCAAAACACAGACUCACAGAGGGAAGCCAAGAGAUGGGCAAAGAACAAGAGAAACCACCUGAGGUGGGGAACAAGUUUGCAAAGCGAAGCAAUGCAGAAACUGUAAUGUCGGCUAGAGACAGGUACCUGGCCAGGCAAAUGGCACGGGUUAAUGCAAAGACAUAUAUUGAGAAAGAAGAUGACUGAUAACUGCCCAAAUAGAAAGAACUGUGGAAGCACAAAAAUUGUAACUCCUGGACCAUACUUUGUGAAGGCAUAAAGGAGUGUGUUAACAGUGGUUGGGAUGGCAUUUUUAAAUAUAUUUUCAAAAUUCAUUUUUGGUUUAAGUAAAAAAAUAAAUCCUUUUAUCUUGAAUGUUUGAAUGAAUUGAUACAUAUUUAAUUAUCAGUACCACAUUCUUGUUUGUAUUCAAGCAACUUAAAGAAUGUUAAAUCCCUAUAUUUACUUAAUGAGGACAGUGGGCUCUACUAUAGCCAUUAAAAAAUAAUUCAAACAACCCCCUAAUAAUGUUGGUUUUGUUGCAGGAGCUAUUUUAUAAAUACUGUAUUCUGGAUAAAACUAUGUGGAUUUGAACAAUAAAGUAGAAACUAUUGUUAUACUUUACGUUCUGAAAUUUGUGUUAAUGGAUAAAAUAUGGAUCAGGUAUCCUAAGUGACUAUCUCACAGCGCAUUUGGCUUAAAUGCAAAUAAAAAUAGUGAAGUGUUUGUACAUUUAA